AUGUCCGAGGGUAUGCAAAUCACGAUACCAGACUUCGAGGAGGACGACUACCAUUCAACCCCCAUAUUCGGUCGUCCUCAAGGUGGUGGACUGUGGGGAACACCGAGCUCUGGCCAAGACUCGCCUACGAUCCUGACUCCUCUUGCUCUCCCGGAACGUGCGGAUAAGUCGUAUUUUCAUGCUCGAGGCGAUUCCAAUACCUCGGAGGACUCCACGAACUCGCUUCAACAUGGCACGCGGAAGAUUAAGUCUCCUUUUGUGCACUCCGCACAAUCAUCGCUCGCGACAAGUGCUACUGGCGGCUCGUCGUUCUCCAAGAAGACGUCAUUCGCGUCGCUCCGAAACGCCUUCAAGAAGUCCACAGAGCCUGCUCCUCCACUCCCUGUCCUCGAUCAUCAGGCGUAUCCUGUGCUAAAGAAUCCAUUCAGUCGAUCGACAUCCUCUCUUGCCCAGUUACCCCCAAUGUCUCACAAACAGCAGCCAUCAACGCAUGCAAGCCCUCCACAUUUCCGACCACCAACACCUGCAUCGGCGGAUUCGAGAUUCAGAAGCGCACCACCAAGAGCUCGGGAACAUGCAUAUGCUCCAUCGCAGCACUCCCACUCGGGCUCAAUUUUCCACAACUCCGACGCUGGUAGUGAUCAUGGACAUUACUUCCCAAUGUCAUCGUCACCGCCACCUGUGCCACCGGUCCCUUAUGCAUUUGCACAUGAUGAAGGGCGUUCGUCAUUUGAUUUAGAGGAGAAAAUCAACAUGGACCCACGCACACCAUCGGAUUAUGCGCUACAUGCAAUCUUCAUCCGGUUUGCAGCUGCGGCAGAGGCGCACAUCAAUGAGUUCCUGCGGCAGUCUCUGGAAAGUGACCCAAGAUUGAACGAGUAUAUGGGACCGAAUGUGGAUCCUAAAUUUGAUGGGCUACUUCUAUCACUUGGCAAAAUAGCGCAGAAGCAUGCGAAACCGGUUGUUGAUUCAGUCAUGCGAUGGCGUAAGUCACAGAAUGAAGCUGUCGAUGGUGAUGUGCUUCGCUAUCAUUCGGAGCUGCCUUCUACCAGUACACGCAGCAUGCGACCUCAGGACGUUUACACCGUUCUCCAUGAACGCAAAUCGCUGGCAUCAAUUUACAUAAUGUGUCGCGCAUUGAUUGCAGUGACGCAUUCCAUGUCGAAGGAUGGCCUGGGCGACGCGGUCGGACAUAGUCUUGAGGAACUCACGUUUGAGCAGUUCAGGCGACCGGAUCUAAAGAUGUUAUCUAUGUCUCCCAAUCAUCGUAUCAAUGCCGACUUGUAUGCGACGCUUCUUGGCCAAAUCGCAAAUAUCCGCUUUGAGAGCGUGACCGAUCGCUUUCUAGUAGAACUUGGGCCCGUGGCAGCAGGGCAAGUCCCCAAGGAUUCUGAUUUCAAGUAUGAAAAUCUGGUCAAGGGAUUGAGGCACGUGCAAAUAAAGGUCUGGCCGCCGGAAUCCUUUGAGGAAGGCGCUGAAUUUUUGGCGUCGCUCUCGAAAUCAUUUGAAAACGCACAUGGCAAUCGUCUUAAGACAACGUUUGCGGAGACCCUUAUACAUAUGCUGCAUCCCAUCGCCAAGACGGCACAGGCUGAAGUCAAUCAUCCUGAAUGGGCCAAGGCGAUCGAGGUCAUCUAUCCCCGAGUCAAAGAUAUGAUGAACAAGCCCAGGUAUUGGCACGUCGCAUAUCCGCUCGCGGUCACGACACUUUGCGUUGCUCCGCAAGAUUUCUUUCUACGCAAUUGGAACAUAUGCUUUGAGGCAGGCCUCGGGAAAUUGAAGGAGAAGAUACAUCGAAUACAAGUUAUGAAUGGCAUCCUGCGACUGAUGUGGACAUAUCUAUAUCGAUGUCAUGAAUCUCCGUCGACUGCUACAGGGAAAAUAGAAACGAUUCUGAAGCAUUUCUUCCCGGCUAAUCGACUCGUGGUCAAUCCUCCAGAGGAGCAUAUUGAACCAUUCAUCUACAUCAUUCAUUUCAUUCUUUCACGACAUUUUGACUUCGGCAGCGAGUUCUGCCUGGAAUUGCUGCAAGAGCAGAGUAUUUCUGCGAACAACGGGAAUUUUUUGGCCCCGGAAAGAGUGGCCAUUGCCACUCAUGCAAUCCUACGUUCCCUACAUGGGCUAGAAGCAGAAGAACAUGUUCCCUCCUGGCCUUCGAGCUCCGACUAUACUCAAUAUCCUUCCCAGGAUGACUAUCCGACAUCUUCCGAUCCGCUGCCAUCUUCGCUGAUCUUGAAAUUGGGAUGGAAAGAUUUGAUGGAAAGGUCGAGCACCUGUUUGACAAUCCUUGCCAAGUCUUGCUACAAUGUGGUCGGGAAAUGGUCCGUACUUGACGAUCAAUGGACUGCGAGCCGACUCAAUCCGGCAUACGAAGAGACGCAUAAUUUCAUAAUCCGACGUCACCCCGAAGGCACCGUAGCAUUUCCGUCGCAAUAUUCUGCCCACAUAUCCAUACUUCAAACAGCCUAUCAAGCAUGGCCGCGUUGCCUUCAUUCUUCGCUCGCAUAUGAGGACGUCUUUGAUAUGCUUAUUCGCGGCGUUGUUCACGUCGAGCCUGGAGUUGGCGAAGCUGCAACGUUAGCCUUACAACGGUUCAUGACAGAAGGCACACAUAUCUCUUCUAUGCUAUCUCGAUUUUAUGUAUUCCUAUUCGAUCGCAUGGUCAGCGACGGCGGAGGACUGAGGUUAAAUGUCGAAUCCCCUCGCCUCUUAACGUUGUGGCUUAGCUUCAUCGGGCAUUGGAUUCACAACGUUUCUCAGCAGCCUUUGGAUUCGCUCACGGCGGAGGAUGUCAAGGAAGUCAUGGCUAGAGUUCAUGAAAUCGAAACUGGAUCGCUGUUUCUUCUCGCGCACAACAAGCGUCCUGUUCAUACAAGUGGUGUCAAGGCUAUGCGUCUGCUCGCCAGUUUACAAUCUCACAUUCGAGCGUCACAGGUCUUUCUGGGGCUCGAGGGAGCGUUUCAUAUCGUAUCUGCUUUUCAUGGCAGUCUUGAGCGGGCUGUCUAUCUCGAAGGCUACGAAGAUUUCUUGGAACCCGAAGAGGCAAUCCGCCUAGACAUGUGGAAGCGAGAGUGUCAUGACGACGUCGCUUUACGAAUUGUGGACAGUGACACCCACGUAGACCAUCUCUUGUGGGUUCAUGUAUGUCCCCCGCUCCUUCGCGCGUGCAUGGAGAUUUCAUCAUCUACCAUUUCUUCGUUCCGGGAGCAUAUUGUCGCUGUCGCAACGAGAUAUCACCCCUUUAUGGUUCAGCUUUCGGGCGUUCAGAACAAAUUGGCACCAAAUCUCCCCCAACGGGCUGGCUCGUUUGGAGAAAAGGAUGCAUCAAAAUUGGUGAACGAACACAAACAAACCAUUAGCCAAUGGCAUUUCUGGACCAAGACUCUUUGCGCGACUGCACAGGUUUCAGACGUCCGACUGACUGCAAUCCGUGACCAUUCUCGAGCGCGUUCGGAGGCCAAUCUUGAACGAGACCAAAUGAUGACUACUCGUGACCUGUUUAAAUAUCUCAGUCAAUUCUUGGAUUCAGAUCACAGUCUAUUCCGUGACGUCGCUGUUUUCAGCAUCAGUUCCUUCCCUGCCCAUGGAUAUUCACAACUGCUCGAGGAUCUCAACAUCUUAGCAUCGCGUCAGUUUUAUGACGAUGCUAGACCCAAAGCCUCGACGAUGCCUGUCAUAGGGCGCGCGCGUCGACAAGAGCGAUUCCACACAGCCGUUGCACGUAUUUAUUUCAUGACCGCUCGUCUACUACAGGAUCAACGUUCAUCCGGCAAGCAGACAGCGCUGACACAUGUACUCAAGUACAUUCGAAACAUGCAAUCAUUCCUUACUGCCUCGGAGCAUCGCAACGAAUACUCUCUCCAGAGACUGCGACGUUAUUUUUGUGGCACUGUAGAACGACUAUUCGACGGUCUCGCUACUCUGAAAGAUUCUGAUCGCUUCAUCCCUCACAACACCCACCUGGCUCUGUACCGACUCUGCGAAGAAUGGUGCCAACUCGGAAAACAAUCGCAAGACGCGACCAGACGGCUAGUGCUCAUGCAGACGGCCGCUGGCAAGUCUCUGAGCGAGCCUGCUCACCAAGCAGAAAAUAUACAACGUUUUCAAACGGAAACGAAGGCGUUGUCAAAUGCAGCUGUUGGGGCGAUGGCAUCAUUAUGCCACAAAGCGUUCUAUCCUCCCGACCAAUCCUCGAUCUCGCCUACUGAGAAACUUUCAACAUCCGAAUCGAAUCACAGACCUCUCGACGUUUCGUCCAUGUUAGACCGACUUACUGCUGUUCUCGCAUCAUUCCAUGAACCAGUACAGCUUGCCGGAAAGAAAGCCCUUCGAUCACUUCUGGUCCACUCCCCUUCUGAUCCUGCGAUUCUAGAUGAAGUGCUGAGAAGAGCAUUUGUAACCACGCGGGACCUGGAGACCAGCAAUGCUCGUCUCUUUCAAGUUGUCGCGGAUGUCAUAUGCACGGCUUCGGGGCUUCAUGGCUUCAGCUUCAGUCAAGUUGCCUGCCUCGGACUAUCCAAUUUAUGCCAUACUCGUUCUGAAAUCCGUCGCCAGGCGUUCAAUAUGCUGGAAGUCAUUCACGAACAGUCUUCUGGGUUGAUCUCAUUAUCGCAGUACGAGGCUGCAGCCUGCAGUUCCGCCCCAACCGCAUAUCUCAAUGCCCAUCGCCUCGUCUCCAGCGUUCUGGCGGGCGAGCAUCCGUCACAAGCCUUGCAAAUACUUUCUCGAUUUACUGGGUGGAUACCAAAAGUGUACGACGGCCAGUCAGAUAGAGGACUCAUACUCUUGUUGCAGAGUUUAGAGUUCUGGAUGCCGAACAUCGACCUUUUGGAUAGCAAAGGAUCGGGAAUAUCGCGCGACGGAUGUUCCGCAAUCUACUACUUACUUGCCCUCACGCUUCGUUAUAUGGAAGGUUACUCGGAACAAAUCUUUGUCUUAUGGUCUCGACUAGUCGAUCCGCCUCAUAACGCCAAUGGAUUUGCCACCAUUCGGUUCCUCUUGGACCUGACUGCAAGGGUUGGGAGUACGACGUUCGUCACCUGUGUCGCCAAAGUCGUCGUAUGCUUGACACAAAGCGCGAUUGGUGCCCAAGUCUUCGCUGAUACAGUUGGCCUCGUGGAUCCUUCAAGGGUUUUGCCAGACUCCGAUCAUCGGAGUAGUGUCCAGGGCCCUGAGGGGAUUGAGGGGUGGCCAGAAUUGAGCAGCCUUCUCUCGGAGAAGCCCAAGUUAAUCUUGGGAUAUUCUCAAUUUGCCCUUCUUUUCCUAUCCGACGUGACGAUGGAAGAGACCUGGCCUUUGACUGACCAAUUACCUGCCCUUCUCCAUUCUGUUCUGAUGCAUCUUAGCCACAAAGAAGACUUCGUCAAGAAACGCAGUCUCCACAUGCUUCUGCAGAUGCUACGAGUGUGUGUGUCGGGGUACGAAGACAUCGGGGACCGCUUUUCUUCACUCCCGCGCUCCGAGUUGAAGCUUGUUUUAGAAGAGCUUGAAACGGAGGCCCAAUCGCACCUAUGGAGCGAUGACGAGUCUGGCAUUACUGCGGAGCCCAAACUACGAUGGUUCAUAUCCCGCAUAGUCAAGCUGUCGGAGGCAUCUUAUCCUGACUUACGCACCAGGUGGGGAUGGUCGGCAUUGUGCUGGGGGACGUCGUGCCCCAAACGUGAACUCGCCUACCGAUCGCUCCAAGUGUAUCGGGCACUCGCACCGCCCGUUGGACGACCAGACCUGGACGUUCUAUUGGGGCGCUUAGCUGCGACAAUUGCAGGAGAAGAUCUUGGCAUGCAGAACUUCAAUGUUGAGAUCAUCUUGACAAUCAACGCCAUGUCGUCCGCCAAAGACUUAGAUAUUGCAUUUCUUCCUAAACUGUUUUGGGUGGCGGUGGCCUGCCUCUCAACUACUGUAGAGAACGAAUUUCUUCACGCUCUGCAACUGAUCGACACACUGUUAUCUAGACUAGAUCUUGAUGAUCCUGCAAUUGUGGAGCUACUCCUUGAACGUCGACCUCCCAUGUGGACUGGGUCUUCGUCAAUUCAGGCUUGCAUGCUGACUGGUCUCCGCUCAUCCUCCACCUCGGGCACCACACUGAAGUUGUUGCAACGUCUGACGAAGAUUUCUGACCCCAGGCUAAUAGAUGCUUCAGAUGGACGAGUCCGCGAUCUAUACACGUUGUCGCUUCCGUGGUGCCUUCAUGAUAUGGCUAAUGGAAGCCAAAGUGAAGCACUUCAAGAAUUUGCUCUAAAUAUCGGGCGACUCGCUGAAGAAGAGGAACGGCCAAGCAUUGAUCGGAUCAUGACAUCGUUUGCGAAGAGCCGCUUCCGCACGAAGGAGGACUUUCUUCGAGAGGCGGUUGCUAGUCUUCGCGAACAUUACGGUUCUGAACACUGGGCAGAAGUCAUCACGCUGCUUAUGGGACUGGUUCUAAAUCGAGAGUCUUGGUUGCGUAUACACACUAUGCAGAUUCUCAAAGUGCUGUUUCAGCAGAGAGAGACACGGUCACCUGUCGAUCUACUCGGAUCUGAGCUUCUCAUGCCCUUGCUGCGAUUACUGGAGACGGAUCUUGCAUCUCAAGCACUGGAAGUGCUAGAUGAACCCUUGCAAAUUUCGGGUGGUCCUGCUGCCAAGCAUGUCCUUCGCAUGAGUCUAUAUCACCAUCUCCGCGCCGAUGCUAAGGAGGUCGAAUCUGUCGCUGAGAUCUUCGGCAUUGCGCAAGAGUCUGGUUGGUGUGUCCCACGAACAGGGUCGCUUCGGGAGAUGUGCAGGUCAAAUAUCUCCGCAAUUUAUGGUUCGUCUCAAUCUAGUGCGAGGCCAUCGCGCAUCGACUUCCAGUCGGACGAAGUCUUGCCCCUUGCGGACGACCUCUAUGAGGAUGACCUGGGAGAUAUGGUGCAGAAUCUACAUGAGCUCAGCAGUUUCUUCCAGGAGGAACAUUCGUUGGCGCCUAUGCCGAACCGUCAGCUCGAAGCUCGAGUUGCGGCGAUUCUAGCCAAAUCCACAGACCUGGCGUCAGACAUUCCCCAGACGCCUUUCGCGGACGUGUUCCACAUCGGAAACUUGGACUCGUAUGAUGAUGAUUCUGAUGAUUCUGACUAUGAUAACAGUUCAGACCUCUUCGAAUUCGACUCUCCAUCCAUUUCACGAUUGACUUCUAAAACCGCGCACUACUAG